AUGUUGAACCUUAUUACCGGUUUUGGUGACUGUUUGGUAGUUGAGACUACGGUAUGGUAUGAAUGGGUCGGUUGGAGGAAUGACAGCUUCGGUAUGAAUGGACGACCGUUGGAGAUGGUCUUCGAAUUCGACAGGCUACGAAACUUUUCCGCAAUGUACUUACACACCAACAACAUAUACUCCCAGAAGGUGCAGUUUAGCGACAGUAGGACACAGCCUAUAGUCGAGGUAAUGCCUGUUGCUGGAGCUGAGCCCUGUACGAUUGAUCACUCUGGAUUGAGGACUGUCGUAGUAAAUCAAUAG